GCCGCCCGCGGCUGUCAGCUGCCCUCCGAGUGGAGACCCCUGAGCGAGGGCUGCCGCGCCGAGCUGGCCGAGAUCAUCGUGUACGCCAAGGUGCUGGCGCUGCACCAGGAGGUGCACGGCCUGUACAACUACCUGCCGUGGCAGUACGAGGCCAGCGACGCGGGGCUCUUCUACUCGGCCGAGAUCGAGAUGCUGUGCGACCAGGCGUGGGGCAGCAUGCUCGAGGUGCCCGCGGGCUCCAGACUCAACCUCACUGGCCUGGGCUACUUCUCGUGUCACUCCCACACCGUGGUCCAGGACUACUCGUACUUCUUCUUCCUCAGGAUGGAUGAGAAUUAUAAUCUCUUGCCUCACGGAGUCAAUUUCCAAGAUGCCAUCUUUCCAGACACUCAAGAGAACAGAAGGAUGUUUUCCAGCCUUUUCCAGUUUUCGAACUGUUCUCAAGGGCAGCAGUUGGCAACUUUUUCCAGUGACUGGGAGAUCCAGGAAGACAAUAGGCUCAUGUGUUCGUCAGUGCAGAAAGCUCUGUUUGAGGAGGAGGACCAUGUCAAGAAACUGCAGCAGAAGGUGGCCACUCUGGAGAAGCGGAACAAACAGCUUCGGGAUCGGGUGAAGAAGGUCAAGAGGUCAUUGAGGCAGGCACGGAAGAAUGGUCGCCACCUGGAGCUGGUGAACCAGAAGCUCAGCGAGAAGUUAGCAGCUGCAGCAGGUGCCCUCCCACACAUUAAUGCCCUGGGGCAGGAGCCACCAGGUGCCACGUACCUGCGGGGGUAACAGGGACUGGGUAAUGGCCUAGCCUGGCUCUGCUGGAACAUGUUGCCUCUUGCCAGGGAAUGUAAAGUGAUGGUAGGUUUUAAUGUGCACAUAGGUCAAAAAAUCUUGUAGAUGAUGUUUUUAAUAUGCGUUUGGUAGUGCCUAGUUACUUGAAGGGGCAAGUCUUGCUAAUUUUCUUAGUUGCUGGGCUCCUUCCCCUCUCUGCCUUGCUCCCAGACCUAGUGCUUUCACUAGUGCACGAUCCUGGAAUGUCAUGUGCUUGCCUAGGGCCUGUCUCCAGCUUUCAGGAGCACACUGGAAAGUGUACUUACUAUGGAAAGAAUAUUUUAGAAUCUCUAGAUGUAUGAGAAUCAAGGGUUUCAACCUUCAGAAGAGAGGCAGUGGGAUCUCCAGGUCUGGGCUCCAGGACCAUCAUUAGUUAGAGAAGGGAUCAGCAGCAAGUCUUGGAACCUUCUGGUGUCUCCUUUGCCAGUUUUGGAAGGAGGAAGGCAGGCUUGCAAAGCACCCAAGGAUGCCUGCAAAUAUAUAUAUAUGCAUGGUGUCCUUACUCCAGCCAGCAUUUCCUCACAGCUGAAGCAUUGGCGGGGGGCGGGGGCAUGGCAGCAGGUAAUUGAACAAGAUGAAUUAUACCCAAUUUCCAACACCAGUUACCCAGAGUUAAAGAGGAUACCUGUGGGUCACUUUAGUCUAAAGGAGAAUUGCCUUUGUGGACUGGUCAUGUUUUACCAAACCAUGUUCCUGAGUUGGGAAGAGCCUGAGCAAUAUCUCAGCCCCUACUAAAUGCAGAUUUACUGCUUGCUCAUUAACUCCUUCCAGCUGCUUGGAAUUUGAGGUAAAUUGACCCAGUACACUAUUAACUUCUGUUCUGCAAAGAUACCUCCAUACCUAUUGGAAUCAAGUGACCGUGCCUCAUUCCCAUCCAGGCACCCAAAGAGCUUGUUCCAGGCAGUUCUGCAGAGUCUCGAUGCAAGCAUUUUCACCACCUAAGUAAAUUGGCUGUAAGGCAAUUUUGCUGUCAGAGAGAAAAUAACUGAUUGGUUUCAUUUCUCUGUUGACAAACUACGUUCCCAUUUUUCUGUUACAUGAAUCUUAGCCCUCCUAAUGGUCUAUGACCAGUAUACAUGGUGGUCUUAAAACAGUGGAUGAUAACUCCAUAUAUCAACUUGAUAGAAAAUACAGUAACUGGAAGUGUGAAAUAAGACUAUAAGGCCAGAUUGCAUACCAUACUGUAAUACAGAGUGGUAGUUUAUCAGUUAUAAAAGCUGUAAUGCAUUUCUGAGUUCUUUUGUAUGUCCCAUAGAACUUUUGAACAUGUAUUGAUAGACAUGCAUCAUUAUGCUAAGAAUGAACAGUAAUGUAAAAGCUUUCAUAGUGUAAUACAAAGUUCAGUUACAAAUAUGCAUCCUAGGAUUUGGAAAAUGGGUACUUCUCUUAAAAAGGACAUAAUGAAGAAAUUAGUAAGGUGCCUCUUUUAUUUUUUGUUAUUUUAUCUCUUAUGGCCAAAUUGCCUUCUGGCCAAUGAGUUAUGCAGUGAAAAUGCUUGUGGCAAAGAUGCCUAUGGUGGAAAUACCAGACAGGGUCCAGGCAUUCCAAUCUCUGCUUCUGUAUGCACACACUUCCCACCCACCAGGGCUGUCCAACCCUGGGAGUAAUUGAGCCCACUUGACAGUGUGUCUCUCAGAGCACUUCACCCUGUUUGGAAAGAAACCUUUAAAGACAGUACUACGAGUAAGAAGAGUAUCCAUUAUAUAGAACAUCUGAGCCCUUAAUUUAGGUACAUUUGAACCAGUUGCAGUUUUGUUCUUAAGAAGGCAACUGAGUGAGCGUCUUGUGAUCGUCUUCUCGUGGACCUCCAAAUCUACAAGUCUCUUUUCCGUGUUGUCCCAGAUAGAACCUUCAGGUUCCUCAUCAGGAAAUCUCCCCCUAGACCACUCCAGACACUGCAGCACCUGAUUAUGUUGUCCUGUCCAUUGGAAAUGGCAAUUAUAUUAUCAGAUUUCCCUUCCACUGCCUUUAGGAAAACCGCAUUCUUCUUGCUCUGGCAGCUGGUUUGGGAGGACGGCCCUGUGUCACUUGAGGCUACUGCUUAGAGGGGAGAUGUCUGCACUCUGGACAGGAAUAGAAUGGCAGCUUUACUUCUUUUCCAAGCUUCUGCUGCUCCUUUAUUAGCUGUAUCCUUCAUAGUAUGGUACAAUAGUUUAGUCUUUCUGGGGCCAUUUCGUUAAAGCACUUUUGCUUCCACCCAAGGGAAUGACAAGCCUCAAGGUGAUUUACAGCUAGUGUUUUGAGAACUGUGGAACCUGGACCACUACAGCUGCAUUAUGUUCUGCCUUUUUAAUAAAUAGCGGUGUUUCAGCCACAA